AUGGCAGACUCUCAAAUCUCGAAAAGGCUUGAAACUAGUCCUAGUAAACUUCCUCCACUUCUCGAUAAAUCGUUUCUAACUGAGCUUACUAAGCCGCCCAAAGAAGCAGACAAUCAAGACAAAAUUAACGAAUAUUAUUCAGCUCUCAAAAGCCAAAUGUCCUCAUUAAAUUCUCAUAUCGAUAAUGUCCUUCAAAGACACGAGCAGGACUUUCUAAACGCAUUUAAAUGUCAAAUGUAUGGAAUGUAUGCUGAGCUAAAAGAACUAAAGAAGAAAACCAAUGAAACUGAAGUCAAAAUGAAAAGAGAUGAAGAAAUUAAUCGUUUGCAAAGCUCUGUGAAUUGGUUUAGGGAAGAAGCCGUCAAACUUGGAGAAAAUGCACAAUUUUACAAAAAAGAAGCAGAUAAAUGAAAAGCAAAAGCGGAGAGCUUAGAAGACGAUCGUAGAUUUUUAGAAGCUCAACUAAGGGCUGCGAAAGCAAAACUGAAAGAUUUUCAUUCGGAAUCUCAUCGAGAUCAAGCGUCAGAAUCUUUUAUAACACAAAGAGAUGCCUUUACUCCUGCUCCUUUUCGAAGUGCAAGAAAUUUUGUGCCAACUAGUCGAUGCGGUCUGAUUAUUUUUGAAUUAAUGCAGAAGUACUCUUUGAAAGAUGGCUAUUUUUUCAUAGAGCUCGAAAAAUACAUGAAUAAUCAAGAAAAGCUGUAUAAUGAAGCAAUAAAACACUAUAAAAAUACAAUUGAUAACGAAAAAAAGAAAUUCAAAAGUGCUGCUGCUCAGCAGUCAUCAAUAUAUUUAGAAAAAGUGGACUCUGAAAGUUUGUUUUUAGAAUGCGUAGAAGAAGUCAGAAAAGAAGUCCAAAGGCGAAAAGCAAAAAGCAUGUCACAGCAAAAGUAUGGAAGGAGAACAAAAUCAUCUGAAAGAAAAACAAGACAAGACGCUUUCACUCCUGGAGAUAAAAGAAAAAUUUUAGAGCUUUUGAUCUCUAACGAGCAAGUCCUUAUAAUGCUCUAUGAAAGACUUUUCCCACAUAGAGCAAGUCAAUUUUCAGCAUCGCCAAAGAUUGAAAAAGAAGACAACCCUUCUGGUGAACUACCUCCAAUUGAAGAAAUGAUGCACCAAGUUUCACCUAAAAAAUUAGAAGACAUACAAUCAGAAAGUUUUCAAAGUAAAACAGGAGACAUGUCUACUUUAACCCCAGAAAUGGUCUAA